AAGAGAAAAGAAGAGAAGUACGCGACUUCUUCUUCACCGCUUCACCGCAGAGAGAAUCGAACCAAUUUCUUCAACGCUCCAACGUUCCUCCGUAAAAUUCGCAACAAUUAAUCGCCAACGGGAAGAUAUCAACGGAAGAAUGCUUGCUCUAUAAAUUGGAGUGGCUACCACUAUCAACACGGGGGGAACAUCGACGGGAAUAAAGCAGCGGCUUGGCCGCUGCUAUGGUGGCCGACGUUCGACGAUGGCAGCGGCGGCAGUAGCUCCGGCGACGGCUGUGGUCGAGGGUGGGCAGUCUUCUUCAAGCUCCAAUUUCUUCAAUUUCAUCUUCUUCUUCAUCAAUUGAUGGAUAUCGAGACCAUUGAACACGCAUAGGGCGGCCCAAAUACAAUUUUGAGGCCCAACAUGGAUAAAGCACCGUACUAGAGAGCGAAGGGAGAUCGAAGCAGAAGGAUCGGAUGAAGUAAUGGUCGGACGAAGAACAAGGAACUCUAGGUGCAAUGCCACUAGCUCACAGUAAUCAUCUGCUGCGAUGUGGGUGCCUGAACAGCACAACACACACAAAGUAAUGAGUUAGAGGCGGCCCUGCAAAACAACGUCAACAUAAUGGUUAACGUCAUGGAAAGGCUUGCGCGAGCCCCCCCAAGACCCUCCGGUGUUCCCAGAAACUCAACUGGGCAGCCGCGACUGAUCCUUGAGACGACUGGGGGGCAGGCCAACCCAAUCAAGAGAGAAGGAAGCCAUAAGGAGGUGCCUCGAUGCAGAAUUUGCUUGGAACAAUCGGGAGAACCAGAGACAAGCCUGGAAGAUAGGUCGCGCAGCGAUUGGGCUCCAAGCAACCAGCCAGGCACACAACACGAAAACUGGAAUUUGAGAGGUACAGUGUUCGAGCGGAUGUCCCGGGACGGGUCCCGGUUAGGGAAAGGUUGGGAAAGAACCAGGAAAAGGCACUCAUGGGCUAGGAGCGGCCCCAGCCAGGUGAAAUCAUCCCACCGAGAAAAGCGCACAAGCCAGGGGGAGGAUGAGGCGCAGAGCUAGUUAAGGGUUCCGGCGGUUCGGCUCUUAAGACCGCCAAACUUGGAGAUUGGGAAUUCUCAAGAUCUCCAACGGAAGAUUCAAGAGAUGCAGCGUAAGGCGUAGACUUAUCGCCUGCCUCCGGUAUUGUAUGAGUUGUUUCUCUUUGUGUUUUUUUUUUAUUUAUUGGUGGCAAUGUGCUCUAUUAUUUGCUCGGGAAAAUUCAAAUCAAAACCCAAAGUAACUGCCCAAAAUACCCAAUCUUCUUCUUCCCUCGCCACCCUAUCGUACCCAACCAUAUUUGUGGAAAUUACAGCGCCUCCUCACCAUAUAUCUCGAGCAGCCAUUCAUCAAACACCGACAGUAUAUUGUAAUUAAGUCGAAGAAGAAGAAGAAGAAUGAGUUUUGGGGGGGGAUGGAAAAAGGUUUCCCUGACAUGGAAUAUCUUCUUCCUCCUUUGCAUCACAUCUUCUUCUGCUCAACUCUUGCCCGAGGACGAAGGUAAGUUUCUCAUCU